CGCAAAAUACGCGAUAACGGACAAUUAUUUGACGAAACACGUCAGUAAUAUUCAAAUUUAUCUGGCAUCAAGCUCGAGAAAAUAGACUUUGGUGUUGUGUGUGUGUUUACCGUCUAAUAAUUACUUUAACAAUACAACAAUUAAUUAAAUGGAUAAAUCAUCAUUCACAUUCGAGGAUAAGUGGCCAUGUAUGCGACCUAUCAUAUUGAAACUACUUAAGCAAGAACCGGUAACUCAAGCUGAAUGGCAGGAUUUAUUUUACUCAGUUCAAGUAUGUCUCUGGGACGACAAAGGGCCUCCCAAAUUACGGGAUGCCCUGAGAGAAGAUAUAAUGGAUUUUAUAAGACAGGCUCAACAGAAUCACAGUUUUGUGCAGAGAGUUUUAGCCCAUCAAGAAGACCAAGCAUUAUUGAAAGCAUACAUAGCAGAGUGGAGGAAAUUUUUUACACAAUGUAACUAUUUACCAACGCCAUUUAGGCAAUUAGAAACUUAUCUUGCUGGAAAAACUAGCACAAGUGUAGCUCAAAAAAGGACCCAACCUGAUGACAUCGUUAGGAAAUUGAUGUUGGAUAGUUGGAACCAAAGUAUAUUCAAUGAGAUAAAGCAAAGACUUCAAGAUUCUGCCAUGAAAUUGGUACAUGCUGAAAGAAAUGGUGAAGCAUUCGAUUCACAACUGGUUAUUGGAGUCAGAGAAUCUUAUGUAAACCUGUGUUCAAAUGCAAACGACAAGCUGCAAAUAUACAGGGAAAAUUUCGAGGCAGCAUAUAUAGAAGCUAGUGAGAGGUUUUAUUGGGUUAAAUCCCCGGAAUACUUGUCCGCGCACGGCGUGGAGAACUAUAUGCGUUACGCCGACUCCAAGUUGAGGGAAGAGGAACUGCGUGCUCAGAAGUACUUGGAGCCAAAUAGCGCGAGUAUACAACGAUUGACGGACUGUUGUGUGAAAGUGUUAGUCGCUACUUUUAAGUCAGCCAUCCUCGCGGAGUGUCCACAGAUGAUCCAACAUCAUCAAACUGACAAACUCCGCCUCAUGUUAAAAUUAAUGGACAGAGUUCCCGACGGCGUUGGUCCCAUGUUGAAAAACUUGGAGGACCACAUCGCAAGCGCGGGUCUGGCGGAUAUGAUGGCAGCUGUAGACAUCAUUACACAAGACUCGGAGAAAUAUGUGGAAAGACUGUUAGAUCUCUUCCGUAGAUUUUCCACGCUCGUUAAAGAGGCGUUUGAUGAUGACCCGCGGUUUCUUACAGCACGAGAUAAAGCUUAUAAGCUAGUUGUUAAUGACGCGACGGUAUUUAAGUUAGAAUUGCCUUGUCGACAGAGUUCUGGACUCAGUGGUUCGGUAAUUUUAAAUAAUAAACCUCCCGUUAACAAUACUGGACAGCCCGAGUCGAAGUGUCCGGAAUUGCUCGCAAAUUACUGUGAUAUGCUUCUUAGGAAAACACCUCUCAGUAAGAAACUUACUUCCGACGAGAUCGAGAGUAGAUUAAAGGACGUGCUGUUGGUGUUAAAGUACGUCCAAAAUAAAGACGUGUUCAUGCGUUACCACAAGGCGCACUUAACCAGACGGUUAAUAUUGGACACGUCCUCGGACUCGGAGAAGGAAGAGAACAUGGUGGAAUGGCUUCGAGAAGUCGGUAUGCCUGCAGACUACGUAAACAAACUAGCCCGUAUGUUUCAAGAUAUUAAAGUAUCUCAAGAUCUAAAUCAGCAAUUCAAAGAGCAAUGUCGGGCCGCACUUGCAGACAGCAUAAAUAUUAAGAUACUCAAUGCUGGAGCAUGGGCUCGAGGUAGUGAACGUGUUACUGUAAGCUUACCGCUUCAAUUGGAGGAUUAUAUUCCCGAGGUUGAAGAGUUCUACAAAAAGAAGCAUAGCGGACGGAAGUUGCUGUGGUAUCAUCAUAUGUCUAACGGCACGAUAACAUUCUCGAAUCAAGUGGGACGCUUCGACGUGGACGUGACAACCUUUCAAAUGGCGGUAUUGUUUGCUUGGAAUCAACGACCUCUUGAGAAAAUUUCAUACGAGAAUCUCCGACUAGCUACUGAGCUUCCGGAUCCUGAACUAAGGCGGACUCUGUGGUCUUUGUGUGCCUUCCCGAAGUUAAAAAGACAACUUCUCUUAGUUGAGCCGCAUGCCCAUACUCCGAAAGAUUUCGGAAACGAUACGAGAUUUUGGGUCAAUCAGGAAUUCGCUAUUGUAAAAAAUGGCAAAUUACAAAAGAGAGGCAAAAUUAACUUGAUAGGACGUCUUCAAUUGUCAACGGAGCGUAGCAAAGAAGAAGACAAUCAGUCCAUUGUGCAACUCAGAAUUCUACGAGUACAGGAGGCUAUCAUCAAGAUCUUAAAGAUGCGCAAAACGAUCGGCAAUGCUCAGCUACAAACCGAACUAGUGGAUAUACUAAAAAACAUGUUUCUACCGAGCAAGAAGAUGAUAAAGGAGCAGAUUGAAUGGCUCAUCGAACACAAGUAUAUUAGCAGGCACGACGAUGACAUUAAUACAUUUGUGUAUGUAGCGUAACACGGAAUUAUGACAUAUACACAUAGAAUUCAAACUAUGUGGCUCAUAUUAUAUUUUUCUAUAUAAAAAAAGAAACAAACAGAUUUAAUUUUCUCGUGUACGAAGAUAUAAUAUGUUGGAGACCGCCGUAUGCCACUAGAUUUUCCGCUUGUUUUGCGCGUUGUAAUAUUCUGAAGUAAGAAGAAAGAGCAGUAUACUUGGUCAAAUUUCUUGAGAUAAGAGAUGUGGGUGUUAAUAGGGCAAAUGUCAUAUCGUGUACGAUCUACAACCGACGAUACAUUAUGAGUUUACUUAUGAAUAAAAUAUGAUGCUAUAGAUAGCAUUCAACUGGAGAAAGUAUCGCAAUAAUGAGAAAUCGUGAACAAUUUACGAUAUUGUACUACAAGAGAUAAAAUUUGCAUUCGUCAUUUAUCUCGGAGUUAAUUUAUACUAAUCUAAUUAAAAGAAUCUAAUUAAAAGAACGUUGUAUUUAGAAGAGAUCGGAUUGAAUUGACAUUUUUUGGAUGACACUCUAACGUUGUUUCAAUUGUCUAUAUUUCACUAAAAAUACUCUUGUAAGAUUUAUAUGUGUAUGCACACAUAGAUAUCUUCGAGUUCAUAUCGUGUUAAAUUUCUUUUUUUUUUUUAAAAAGGAUAUUUUUUACAGUCUCAACACAAUUGACAAGAAUUUGGCACUAAGAACGUCGAUAGAUCCUUGCAUAAAUCUGAACGACAGAUUUGCACGUGUAUAUGUACAUUGACUUAAAAUUCAAUCAUAAACAAUAAAAAUUCGCAUAUACUUGAAUAAAUAUA